GUAGUUUUCUAGAUCCAUAGGACGGGCAGAAGCCGAAGUAUCGGUGUAGCCUGUUCUCCCGCCUUCAUUUCCCAUCGUGCUGAGGCGGGUGGCAUGGCGGAGAAGGAUGACACCGGAGUUUGACGAAGAGGUGGUUUUUGAGAAUUCUCCACUUUACCAGUACUUGCAGGAUCUUGGACACACAGACUUUGAAAUAUGUUCUUCUUUGUCACCAAAAACAGAAAAGUGCAUGGCAGAGGGACAACAAAAGCCUCCUUCAAGAGUCCUGCCAAAACAAAGCAUCCUGUUAAAAGUGGCUGAAACCAUCAAAAGUUGGAUUUUUUUUUCUCAAUGCAGUAAGAAAGAUGACUUACUUCACAAGUUGGAUAUUGGAUUUCGACUUGACUCACUACAUACCAUCCUGCAACAGGAAGUCUUGUUACAAGAGGAUGUGGAGCUGAUUGAGCUACUUGAUCCCAGUAUCCUGUCUGCAGGGCAACCUCAACAACAGGAAAAUGGACACCUUCCAACACUUUGCUCCCUGGCAACUCCUAAUAUUUGGGAUGUCUCAAUGCUAUUUGCCUUCAUUAGUUUGCUCAUUAUGUUUCCCACUUGGUGGAUUGUAUCUUCCUGGCUGGUAUGGGGAGUGAUUAUAUUUGUUUAUCUGGUCAUAAGAGCUUUGCGAUUUUGGAGGACAGCCAAACUACAAGUGACCCUAAAAAAAUAUAAUGUUCGUUUGGAAGAUAUGGCAGCAAAUAGCCGAGCUUUUACUAACCUUGUGAGGAAAGCUUUACGUCUCAUUCAAGAAACUGAAGUAAUUUCCAGAGGAUUUACACUGGUCAGUGCUGCUUGCCCAUUUAAUAAAGCUGGACAGCAUCCCAGUCAGCAUCUCAUCGGUCUUCGGAAAGCUGUCUACAGAACUGUAAGAGCCAACUUUCAAGCAGCAAGGCUAGCUACCCUAUAUAUGCUGAAAAACUACCCCCUGAACUCUGAGAGUGACAAUGUAACCAACUACAUCUGUGUGGUGCCUUUUAAGGAGCUGGGCCUUGGACUUAGUGAAGAGCAGAUUUCCGAAGAGGAAGCACAUAACUUUACCGAUGGCUUCAGCCUGCCUGCGUUGAAGGUUUUGUUCCAACUCUGGGUGGCACAGAGUUCAGAGUUCUUCAGACGGUUAGCCCUAUUACUUUCUACAGCCAGUUCACCUCCUGGGCCCUUACUUACUCCAGCACUUUUGCCUCAUUGUAUCUUAUCUGAUGUGACUCAAGGUCUACCUCAUGCUCAUUCUGCCUGUUUGGAAGAACUUAAGCGCAGCUAUGAGUUCUAUCGGUACUUUGAAACUCAGCACCAGUCAGUACCCCAGCGUUUAUCUAAAACGCAACAGAAGUCGAGAGAACUGAAUAACGUUCACACAGCGGUGCGCAGCUUGCAGCUCCAUCUGAAAGCAUUACUGAAUGAGGUAAUAAUUCUUGAAGAUGAACUUGAAAAACUUGUUUGUAGUAAAGAAACACAAGAAUUAGUGUCAGAGGCUUAUCAAAUCUUAGAACAGAAAUUAAAGUUGAUUCAGCCGCAUGUUCAAGCAAGCAACAAUUGCUGGGAAGAGGCCAUUUCUCAGGUGGACAAACUGCUACGAAGAAAUACAGAUAAAAAAGGCAAGCCUGAAGUAGGGUGUGAAAACCCACAUUGUACUGUGGUACCUUUGAUGAAACCCACUCUACACAUUGCAGACAAAGAUCCAAUUCCUGAGGAGCAGGAAUUAGAAGCUUAUGUAGAUGAUAUAGACAUAGACAGUGAUUUCAGAAAGGAUGAUUUUUAUUACUUGUCUCAAGAAGACAAAGAGAGACAGAAGCGUGAGCAUGAAGAAUCCAAGAGGGUACUCCAAGAAUUAAAAUCUGUGCUGGGAUUUAAAGCUUCAGAGGCAGAAAGGCAGAAGUGGAAGCAACUUCUAUUUAGUGAUCAUGCCGUGUUGAAAUCCUUGUCUCCUGUAGACCCAGUGGAACCCAUAAGUAAUUCAGAAACAUCAAUGAAUUCAGAUAUGGGAAAAGUUGGUAAAAAUGAUACUGAAGAGGAAAAUAGUAAACCCUCCACAACUGACAGUGAAAUAAGUAGGACUGAGUAUUUAUGUGAAAACCCUGUAGAGGAUAAAAAUAAAGACAAUUCUGCAAACAAAGCCUUCCUCCAAGGAGCAGAAGAAAGAAUGUAUUACCAAUGUGAGAGUGAAGAUGAAUCUCAGCAGGCAGAUGGAGGUGGCCUGGCCACUGCCCCUCCAACUCACAGGGACUCAUUACAGCCCUCCAUUAAGCACAGGCUGGCACGGCUACAGCUGUCCCCAGAUUUUACCUUCACUGCUGGCCUCGCUGCAGAAGUGGCUGCUAGAUCUCUCUCCUUUACCACCAUGCAAGAACAGACUUUUGGCGAUGAGGAGGAAGAACAAAUAAUAGAAGAAAAUAAAAAUGAUAUAGAAGAAAAGUAAGAACCAAGAUUCACAUGAAGUGAUUUUAGAUUGUUCCUUUUAUGAAAGUGUUUAGCUUCAAGACUGGAAAGGGAAAAUGAGUAUAAGUUUACUAUAUAUAUAUAAAGCUAAGAUGUGAAUUUACAGAAGAACCCGGGUUUGAAUAACUGAUCUGAAAUUAAGUAGUUACCUGUAAAAAGCAGAUUUGUUAGGAAAAUAAGAGAAAGGUAAGGGCUCUCUUGAAUAAACUGCUGUUUUCUUUGUGACACAACUGAUCAAUCUUGGGAAUUCUUUAAGUAUUUUUAAUAAGAAAUGAAUCAUCAUUUCUUGCCAGAAUUUGCUACCAUAAGGUAAUAGGGAUAAUUCUGUUGCAAGAACAUUAAUAUUUAGUAUGCCUCCUUUUUACUGUACUCUUGCAGUUAAUAACUGCAGCUAUUAUGUUAAUAACCAGUCGUUUGUAUUUUAUUUUUGUUUAUACCAGUCUUCAAACAAAGAUACAGGUUCUGAAUAAAAAAAAUUAAUUCAUACAAUUGAUGUGUGCUGGGGUUUGGAACAAAAAAGUAGUUUGAAAAGUACUUGGGUUGUGACAUAUUUCUUAAGUUUCUUUGCUCAUGUGUAUUUAGUAGUUAAUUUUAAGAUAUCUUAAUGAUCUUUAAAAAAAAAAGAACAUUGUACCAUUUUAAGAAUUACACCUUCAAUGUUUUUGUUUAUUAUUUCUUCAAUUCUUGUUGCAACUAAAAGAGAUGAUAUCAAAGUGGGAUCCCUGUAGUCCAAGGCCAGGCCCCCAACUUAGCAUAAAGUUCUUUGUAUCAGUCUACCUAGAGAUGAUUGGGUGCCAUUAGCACAGGCAGAUCACAGUGCUGCUGUUUUCCAGCCCUGUCCACCCUAAUGACAUUCAGGAAACAUCCUGCCAGCUUCUUGGUUCAUUUACAAACUACCUCUUAAAAGAGACUGCUUUCCAGAUUGGCCAAUCUCAUCUGUUAUGUGUUGUGACUGCAUUUUUCAAAGAGUGAUAUUUUCAGAAGUAUACUGUUUUUGAAACCUGUAACUCCUAUGCACUGACAUAGUUUAUAGACAUUAUUUAGGAAAAAUGGUGGGAAUAAUUCACUUUCCUAGAAAGGAAAUUACAUGAGAAUCUAGAUUGUCUUUAGAGUUAAGAAAUACAUUCUAAUUCUAUAAUUUAGCACUUUUGGUGAGUAAAUUUACUUAUACUGAAGGGGAUUUUUUUCUUUCAAUAAUCUAAGGAAAUUUAUUUUUCAUCCUGAGGAAAAACUUGGUUCUGCUUUGUAUGAUUGAGGUAGAGAUCCUUUGUACUCUAUAAGUGAUUUUGCCUUUGCCAAAAUUCUGGGACUUAUCCAUAAUUAACCUCUUAGGAGCAAUACCUAACUUUACCAUUUGGAAAUAGCUAAAUUUCAAGAAAAAAAAUCUUCUCGUGCUGUACCUGACUAUUAUAUUCUUAAAUAAUAAUAUUUAGGGUUUAUUUUCUUAUUUAGAUUUCUUAUUUAGUUUGCUGACUUCAUUUUUCCUUGGAUUUAGAAGAAGCAAUUAUGGAAAAACUUGGUAAUUUCUCUCUUAACCUAUAACCAUACACAGGAAGAAUUAGAAUUUAAUAAUUUUUAAUACUUUUAUUGUAUUCUAUUUUUAUUACCCUGAUUUUUGGGAAAUAUCUUCUUAAUAUUGGAUCAGUUUUAUUCAAUGUUCUCUAAGAUGAUACUUUUUAAUUUUGAAAGACUAAAUAAUUUUAAUCAGGAAUUUCUAAUAUUUUAGGCUGAUCUGUUUUAUUCACUAGUUGUUACUUAGUUCCAUGAAAACUCUACUUGUUGAAAUUAUGAUAUACAGAUCUUGGAACUUUAAUUGAAUAUUCUUUCUUAUAUGUAGUUUUCAUCUUUUAAAAUAUUUCCAAUGUAAAAUAUUAUUUUCUUUGUGAAAAUUUCUUAACUAAUUUUCUCUUAUUCUAAGUUGGUGUUUCUCAGUUGUUUUAGUGGGGUACCUGCAUCAGAAUAAACUAGAAUUCUUAUGUUUUAAAUGGAGGUUUUAAGCUACACUCCCAGUGAUUCUUAGUUGGUCAUUUGGUCAUUUAGGUAAUGUUUAUGCCCAAUAAAAUCUAAGAACCUC